AUGGAGUGGAGUGAUGUCUUUGAUGAUUCUCGGAAUGAGAUGAUUGAAUAUCAAGUACUUGAAGGGUUGAGGCCUCAUUAUAAGUUGAGAGAACUUGGGAUUGUCUUCUACAAGGGAUCUAUGUUCCCUAGUUGGAUCACUGAUCCCGCAUUUGAUGGGUUAACAGAGCUUACCUUACGUGGUUGCAGAAGUAACCAUUUACCAACACUUGGACAACUACCAUCACUUGAAAAGUUGUUUGUUAAAGGGAUGAAUGAGGUGAAGACUCUGGGUUUUGAGUUACUUGCACCUGAUGAUUCUUUCCUUGGCAUUUCAUUUCCAUCACUUGAAGUUUUGGAAUUUGAAGAUAUGCAAGGUUGCGAGAGAUGGACAACUAGUCGUCAUGAUGAUGAUGAAACAUCUGCUAGAUCGUUUCCUCUUCUUCGUGAGGUUUCUAUAAAAGAUUGCUUAAAACUAGCUGAAAUGUCGAUUGGCUUGAUACCAUCACAUCAGGUUUUACACAUGAAAAAAGGUUCAAAAACAGUGUUGAAACUCGUAGUUGGGAGUUCACCCAAGUUGGAGGUACGUAAGUGUAAAAAUUUGGUAUCAUUAUUAGGAGACAAAGAGGUUAACUUGGGGAUUAGCAUGGAAAGUCUUAAACAAGUGAUAUUUGAUAGUUCUAACACACGGGAGAGUUUUAGUUGUCCAAAUAGUGUUGAGAGUUUGGAAAUCCGUGAUUGUGAUUCGUUGACUUCCUUGACGUUCUCAAUGGAGCACUCCGACAAAGGUUUUGGUUUUGAUCCCCUGUGUUGCCUAACAUCUUUGACGUUCAUUAGAUGCAAGAAUCUUAAGUCAUUUCGUCAUGAGCAUUUGGAAAGUCUCCCAUCUUUGACUAAUUUGCAUGUAUUUGAUUGUCCAAGUAUGGACUACUCCUUCCCUUGUGGGUUGUGGCCUCCUAAUUUAAGAAAUCUGAUGAUAGGAGGGUUGAAAAAGCCCAUGUCGGAGUGGGGACAACAGAAUUUUCCAUCCUCGCUUGUUGAUCUAGGCAUAAGUGGCAUAAAUAAUCGAGGAGAAGUUUCAUUCGCAGUGGAAGAAAAUGUGAUGAAUACUACUACUUCAUUACCUUUUAUGCUUCCUCAGUCCCUAGUUUCGUUAUCAAGCUUUGGAUUUUAUACUCCUGACUCAUUCUCGGAUGCCGUAGAGCAACUCCCAUGCCUUGAAAAUCUUACUGUUUUGGAUUUCCCAUAUUUCGACUAUGGGGGUCACCUGGCUUCCCGCAAACCACGUUUGAAAAUAAGGGUGUGGGGGUAUUAA